AUGAAUCAAAACUUUCUCCACCGCUGUAACCACUGCUGCACCAAGUACAACUGCACCUACAACCGCUGCGCCUACGACCGCUGCGCCAAGUACAGCUGCACCUACAACUGCUGCGCCAAGUACAGCUGCACCUACAACUGCUGCGCCAAGUACAGCUGCACCUACGACCGCUGCGCCAAGUACAGCUGCACCUACAACCGCUGCGCCAAGUCCAGCAGCACCUACAACCGCUGCACCUGCAGCCACAGCAGCACCUACAACCGCUGCACCGACCACAGCAGCACCUACAACCGCUGCACCGACCACAGCAGCACCUACAACCGCUGCUGCUGCACCUACAACCGCUUGCAUACUGCAAACCAGCACCUACAACCGCUUGCACCUACAAACUCACUACAACAUACAACCGCUGCACCGACCACAGCAGCUCCUACAACCGCUGCACCGACCACAGCAGCACCUACAACCGCUGCACCCACAACCGUAGAUGUUGGAGCCUGCACUAUGGACGUGACAGUGACAGCUGCAACCGACCUGUACUGGACCUCACCUGGAUUCCCAAGCAACUACCCGGAUGACAUCACCUGCACACUCACUGUCACUAUUCCCGCCGACUUGCCUAUGGGUUUGGUGACUGUCACACCCAUGGCGGGAUCUGCCAUUUACACAACCCCUGGCUGUUCUUCCGACAAAAUGACUUACACAUCAAGUAUGGGGGCGACGGCAAUAUCCUGCGGCAGUAACCUGGAUGAGGUAUCUGAGGGCGCGGUCUUCGACGGGCCAAAGACAUUCACUCUCACCUUCACCUCCUCUUCAUCUGACGGAGGCAAAACGUCGUCAGGAUUCAGAUACCAUAUCCGAGGAUUCGAUUUGAUGGGCAAAUAGAAUCAUCUAUAAACGGAUAUCAAAGCCGACCCUAUAUUGCUUCACUGCGUCUGAUGCAAGAAUUUAAAGACGAUGCGGCAAUGGCAACGCAAAGCAAGAUAAAUGGAAGAAAGGCAAUAAAACCC